UUGCGUUGCCCCACAUGCAGAUGCUCAAGUCACUACGUCAGCAAAGCUCGUCAGAUGAAAACAUUGGAAUAGAGAGAUGUGGAGAGAAAAAUAUGACCAAGAAAAAAGAAAAUUAUCCGGCGAUAUUUCAGGAGCAAGAACUAAACAAUGAUGUGACAGCGUUCGCCUGAAAAUUCGACCAACUAUAAUUUGAUCGCGAAGCACGAAGGUCCUGUUAUUUAAGUUUAUGAAGGAUUCAAGCGAGGGAGACACUGCAGUUGGAAGGGACGAAGAAAAGACAAAACAUUUGACAGCAGGGCUCUCGCAAGCUGCUCACUCUGUGUCGUGUAAACAGACCCUCACACGUGACUGUAACCGUCCGCAUUGUCUGGAGCCUGAAGGGUUUUAAUGGCAACACAAAAGGGCCUUUGCGUUUAUAUCAAGUAGCCAGCUAAAUAGUUUGGUUGUUAAGGCGAAGCAAGUGGGUAAGAUAUGGCAACUGCGAUGCCAAUUUAGAAUAUUCGUUCUGAGUUGUUAGGAGAAGGGCAAAGAUGGCUGUUUUGUGGAUAUUUUGUGAUACUGGCAUGAUUACCCAACUGGUUAGCAGCUAUUUUACUUAAUCGGGGUUGUUCACAAUUGUAAAAAGCUGUAGCACCAGUUAGUUCGUCAGUUCCAGGCAACGUCAAGUUAGCAAGCUAGCUAACUAAACCAUUCUGUAUUCGAUUUCGCUGUCGGAACAACGGGAAGACUAACAUAGUUUACAAGCUUGCCAGUUUGCCGAUGUGAAAAGAUGUCCUUCACAAUGGAAGACAAUUUGGAGUCGGGAUGGGUUGCCGUUAGACCAAAUGUUUUUGAGGAAAAGGAAAAGCACAAAUUCGUUUUUAUCGUGGCUUGGAAUGAGAUAGAAGGGAAGUUUGCGAUCACAUGUCACAAUAGAACCGUGCAGAGAAGGAGUAUUGCCAAGGAUCCAGGAGCCGAGGGAACAUUAGUCUCAGUGGCCGGGGCAACCGAGUACAGAAGUUCAAAAAGUCCCGUAAAAGAAAAGGAUGAUGGUGGCAGUCAAAACAGAACCAAAGGUCGACAAAGCGAUACAAAUAGUCACACGCGAGGAGCAGCAGCGGGGGUCUCGAGCCCCGUUAAAAGUGACAGUAAGGUUGUGGGGCCAAGGGGCAAAAGCCCCACCGCAGUGCUGGACAUUGAGAUUCUGGAUCCCACUGGUGAGCAUCACACCGCAGAACUUGGCGAAGUGGCGGAUUCUGAAGACUUUGAGCACAAUGUCCGAGAGGACUGUAGCUGGGCUGGACUAUUCUCCUUCCAGGACUUGAGGGCUGUUCAUCUUCAGCUGUGCUCUGUCAAUUCGGACCUGGAACCAUGCUUGCCUCCUCUCCCGGAGGAACCCUCAGGGAUGUGGACGGUGUUGUUUGGACCUCCGGAGGUCACUCGAUCGGAGAUGGAUACACUUUGCUACCAGCUACAGGUCUACCUAGGUCAUUCACUGGACACUUGCGGAUGGAAGAUUCUUUCCCAAGUGCUGUUCACCGAAAGCGACGACCCGGAGGAGUAUUACGAAAGUUUGAGCGAGCUACGACAAAAGGGAUACGAGGACGCGCUCCACAGAGCCAAGAAGCGCCUGCAAGAGCUCCUGGAGAAGCACAAGGCGGUGGACAGCAUGGUGGAGCUGCUGGAGCUGUACCAGGAGGAGGACGAGGCCUACGGGGAUCUGGCUGAGGCCACCACGCAGCUCUACCAGUACCUGCUGCAGCCCUUCCGCGACAUGAGGGAGCUGGCCAUGCUGCGCCGCCAGCAUAUCAAGAUCUCCAUGGAGACGGACUACCUGGGCCCGCGUCGGUUGGAGGCUCUGAGGAAGGAGGACGCCGAUUGGCAGAGGAAGGCUCACGAGGCCGUGCUCUGCAUCCAGGACUUCACCGUCAAGUACUUCGAGACCACCGCCCGGGCACAGAAAGCCGCGUACGAGCGCAUGCGCGCCGACCAGAAGAGGCUGGGCAAGGCGGCCUGGGCCGCGGCGGUGCCGCGCAUGGAGAAGCUGCAGCACGCCGUGUCCACGGAGACGAUGCAGCUGAUGAGGGCCAAGGAGAUCUGCCUGGAGCAGAGGAAGCACGCGCUGAGGGAGGAGAUGCAGGGCCUGCAGGGCGGGGAGGACGCCAUGUCACGGCUCCACCAGCUGGAGGCGCUGUACUACGAGCUGCAGCUGCAGCUGUACGAGAUCCAGUUCGAGAUCCUCAAGUACGAGGAGCUGCUGCUGACUGCGCAGCUGGACAGCAUCCGGAGGCAGAUGAUGGAGAGGCAGGACGAGGUGGUGUACUACGACACGUACGAGAGCCCGGACGCCAUACGGGACACGGAGGACGGCGUCCCACAGAGGGAGGAGCUGCACCGGCUGCAGCAGAGGACCCGGCAGCUGGAGGCCAGGAGGGGGCGCAUCACCGCCAAAAAGGCCUACCUCAGACACAAAAAGGAAAUCUGUAUUGCCAAUCACAAUGAGAAGAUGCAGCACCGGCAGGAUAACCAGGGGGACUACACAACCCAGGAUGCCUUGCAACAGCGGAGAGACCAGGAGGAAGAGGAGCGGAAGAACAGCGGGGUGAGCGAACGACAGAAAACACUGGAUAGACUGCGCAGCUUCAAACAGCGGUACCCAGGUCAGGUGGUGCUGAAGUCCACGAGGCUCCGGAUGGCGCACGCGCGGAGGAGGAGCGGCGGCGCCUCCUCCUGCGGGAGCGGCACCCCGGAUCAGCCGCGGUCGCUGUGCGCCAGCGUGCAGACGGAGGAGAGCGCCGCUUCGCUGAUCCCGGGUCAGCCGGGGGGGUACGCCGCCUCGCACCGCCAACUCGAAAGCGCUUCGUUACCUCCAGGGGGCGCCGCCGCCGCCUCCUCCCGCGAGGCCCCUUCGGGCGCCCCCGGCCCCGCCUCCCUACCUCUGCUGGGCUCGCCGGCCGUAACUCCGCCCCCUCCCCCGCCCCCUCCGCUGCCCCCGCCCCCCUCCUCGUCCUCGGAGGACAUCGCCGGCGAGGGGCAGCCCGGCAGCCCCGCCCGCUCGCCAAAAAAGGGGGGGGAGGAAGGGUCGGCCACCGUGGCCCCCCCCGCCGCCCGAUUCUUCGACAGCGGCCAGCUGCAGAACGCCAGGAGGAAGCUGAGGAAGACCAGCGCCCAGGAGGCGUCCCAGCGUAGGAGACUGAGCUCCCCGAUGGACGAGGUCCUGGCGUCGCUGAAGAGGGGCUGCUUCCACCUGCGCAAGGUGGAGCAGCGGGUCCCGCGGCCCGACCCGGACGAGGACGACGCCGACAACAUCCUGGUGCAGAUCCGCAGGGGCGUGAAGCUGAAGCAGGUGCAGCGGCGCGAGCUGCGCGACCAGCUGGGCGGCCUGCGGGACUCCGCCCACCCGCUCACCCGCAGCAUCCACGAGGCGCUGCGCCGCAUCAAGGAGGCCUCGCCCGAGUCCGACUCCGAGGACGAGGGCCUGCCCUGCGCCGACUGGGAGUGCUAGCGCCCGCUGGCCCCGCCCACUCAAACCAGACCCCGCCCCCUGAUCCCCCCUUCUCUGACAAAGGCUAGCUCUCCCCCACAGAUAGAGCUCAUUGCUGUUUUUUAGUCCGUUAUUUCUCUUGUUGAUUUUGUAGUUAUUUCUAGCUGCCCGUUUGUCCUGAUAGAGCUGGAGCUAUACACUGCAGAUGAUUUACAGGAGCACAGCAGGUCCCUUCUCCUCUUUCUUUGCGGCGUUCUUACGUGUGAAAUGAGUUAGUGGGGUCUCUCCCCACCCGCCGCCCCCCCCCCACACACACACACACACACGGGCCCUCAGAAGGACCCGCCUCCCACGUGACACAACCGCUUCAUUUCACUGAAUUCAAAUUCCUUUGCCAUGGGAUCAAUCAGCUGUAGA